CUCUCCAUCAAACUCUAUAUAUACAUACCCUCCUCCACCCCCUCCCAUUCUCUCUCUCCCCUUCACACCCUAAUAUUUCUUCUUCUUCUUCAUUUCUCCUCUCCAAAAUUCAUCUCAUUUUUCCUUCUUCAAUCCCACGGUUUCUUCUCGCAAUCAGGAAGGAGUACAUUUAAAGUUCCUGGAGCUUGAAGAGCAAACACAAUAUUCCUUAAUUAAUGCUUCACUUCUGAAAAUGAUAUUUCAGGAAGCCUGUGUUUAAUGGAAAGCUCACCCAACACAAGUGAUAAGAAACCUUUGAAGAGGUGGUUUUUUAUCGAUAAAAGGGUUGGAUAAUAAUCGAUCAAAUCUGAUAUUUUGUUUUGAUUUUGUUAUUAUUCUAUAACAAUAAUAAUAGUAAUCACAAAUCACAUGGACUUGAAGCCAAAAACUGGUUCACCUGUUCUUACCGAUCCUGCUCCUAUAAACAAAUCUAGAUUAGGGAUUCAUUCAAGUAUGCUGCCUUGUUCACAAAGUAUUUUAACAGCUCCAAGAAAGAAGCCUAUAAAGCUUGAUGAUGUGCGCUCAAACGGUUGGCUUGACGCCAUGCAUUCUUCAUCGCCUCCUCGUAAGAAGAUAGUUAAAGAUUUUGGGGUAGAAAUUGCAUCUGAUGACACUGAUGUAGUUUAUAACUCCUGGAUGGUGAAGUACCCGUCGGCUCUCACCACAUUUGAGCACAUCCUAAGUCAUGCUAAGGAUAAAAAGAUAGUGAUCUUCCUAGACUAUGACGGGACACUCUCACCGAUUGUAGAUGAUCCUGAUCGCGCUUUUAUGUCUGCUGAUAUGCGUGCUGCUGUAAAAGGUGUUGCAGAGUAUUUUCCAACAACAAUAAUUAGUGGAAGAAGCCGUGAUAAGGUUCACGAGUUAGUAGGACUAACUGAAUUGUAUUACGCGGGUAGUCAUGGUAUGGACAUUAUGUUUCCUCUUCAGGAUACAUCGUCUGUUCACCAUUCGAGUUACGUUAGAUCUACUGACAAGCAGGGAAAGGAAGUAAACUUGUUCCAGCCUGCUAGAGAGUUUAUAUCUAUGAUUGAUGAGGUUUUUAGAACCCUCGUCGACGUUACUAAGGAUAUUCCAGGUGCAAAAGUCGAAAAUCACAAGUUUUGUACCUCUGUACAUUACCGUAAUGUAGAUGAGAAGAGUUGGCGUACGGUCGCACAACUUGUUCAUGAUGUCUUGAAACAUUAUCCUCGAUUGCGACUAACUCAUGGACGAAAGGUUUUAGAAGUCCGUCCUGUAAUCGAUUGGGACAAAGGAAAAGCUGUUGAGUUUCUUCUUGAAUCACUGGGGCUAAGCAACAGUGAUGAGGUGCUUCCGAUUUAUAUUGGGGAUGAUAGAACAGAUGAGGAUGCAUUCAAGGUUUUAAGAGAAGGAAACCGCGGAUAUGGAAUUUUGGUGUCUUCUAUACCCAAAGAAAGCAAAGCCUUUUUAUCUCUACGCGACACUUUGGAGGUGGCAGAAUUUCUUAAAAAUCUGGUGAAAUGGAAGGAACAAGUGGAUAAGAAGCCGUAAAGAGAGGGUGUUUGGAUACACAGAUUUAUAUAUAUAAAUUUGGAAGUUUGGAGAAUAAGCGGUAGCCUGUGGGAACUGCAGGCUUGUUUUUCAGCAAUGCACGUUUUCCUUUUGUUCACGCGUAUGUUCUUUAAGUUUGUUAUGAGUCGUGAAAGCGAUUUGGGUUUUAUGUAUCUAUGUCAUUGUUUGGUUCAUAGAACUUAGUUCUAUUAAUGUUUUUGGUCUUCUGUCUAUUGGAUUUUGACUAAAUUAUGGACAUGUUUCUUUACAUUUAGUUUGUAAUUGAACAAUGCUGGGACAUUUUUCAAGAAUGGGUUGAUUUGGAUAA